UACGUCCUGCUGCGUCAUUUUCCUCCCCUCUAUUUUCAGCACAAAAAAAAAAAAAAAAAAAAAAAAAGAGAGAUCAGAGAGAAAGAAUCAGAGAGAGUGGAAAUUCCGUCGCUGUGAGGACCGUACGCGUAAGGCUUGGAAUGGACGAAGAAGAAGGAAGAGACUGCAUUGAUUUUCCGAUGUAGAUUGCUCCGAAUCCCUGAGAUUCACGCAAAUCCGAUUUUCUCAGAUCGAUUUACUCUGCAUUGAUUUCUCUUCUCUUUUUCUCGGCUCAUUUCCUUGUCGAUUUUUUUUUGGAAUAAAACAAAUGAACGGCGGUGGAGAGGGCCUCGCGGCUCCGGCGACGUCAGGGGCGGCCGUAUCGCCGCUCGAGUGGAAGUUUUCGCAGGUCUUCGGAGAAAGGACAGCCGGCGAAGAAGUUCAGGAAGUUGAUAUAAUAUCGGCUAUUGAAUUCGAUAGAACUGGGGACCACCUUGCGACUGGAGAUCGUGGAGGCCGGGUGGUAUUGUUUGAAAGAACGGAUAUAAAGGAUCAUGGUGGACAUCGGAGAGAUCUGGAGAGGAUGGAUUAUUCAAUCAGUAGGCAUCCUGAGUUCCGCUAUAAAACCGAAUUUCAAAGUCAUGAACCUGAGUUUGAUUAUCUUAAGAGUUUGGAAAUUGAGGAAAAAAUCAACAAGAUCAGAUGGUGUCAAACAGCUAAUGGUGCACUGUUUCUUCUCUCCACUAAUGACAAAACCAUCAAAUACUGGAAGGUCCAAGAGAAGAAGGUAAAGAAAGUAUGUGAGAUGAAUGUGGAUGCUUCUAAAUCUAUGGAAAAUGGAUCAGUUGCUAGUUCUAUGUCAGCAAGCUCAAAACCGUAUCUUGCAAAUGGAGCAUGUAAAGAGAGCCCAAUCAGUUCUCCAAGCAAUGACACUUCAUUUCCAUCUCUGCACUUGCCAGUGGUAGUGACCAGUCAAGAGACGAGCCUUGUGGCUAGAUGUCGAAGAGUGUAUACCCAUGCCCAUGACUAUCAUAUUAAUUCGAUUUCAAAUAACAGCGAUGGUGAAACUUUUAUAUCAGCUGAUGACCUGCGAAUUAAUCUUUGGAACCUAGAGAUUAGCAAUCAAAGUUUUAAUAUUGUUGACGUGAAGCCUGCAAACAUGGAGGAUCUAACUGAGGUGAUAACAUGCGCAGAAUUUCACCCUACUCAUUGUAACAUGUUGGCGUACAGUAGCUCCAAAGGCUCAAUUCGUCUUAUCGAUCUGCGGCAGUCAGCUUUAUGUGACACUCAUAGCAAAUUGUUUGAAGAACAAGAAGCACCCGGUUCAAGAUCUUUUUUCACUGAAAUAAUAGCAUCGAUUUCAGAUAUUAAGUUUGCUAAGAAUGGAAGACAUAUACUCAGUCGGGAUUACAUGUCUCUUAAGUUAUGGGACAUCAACAUGGAUUCUGGCCCAGUUGCAACUUUCCAGGUUCAUGAAUAUCUAAGACCAAAGCUUUGUGAUUUAUACGAAAAUGAUUCCAUCUUCGAUAAGUUUGAGUGCUGUCUAAGUGGAGAUGGACACCGAGUGGCAACAGGUUCUUACAGCAAUCUGUUUCGGGUGUUUGGUUGUUCUGAAGGGAGCACAGAAGCAACAACAUUGGAGGCCAGCAAAAACCCCAUGAGGAGACAAGUUCAAAUGCCAGCAAGGCCUUCUAGAUCUUUGGGCAGUCUUCCUCGUGUUCUCAGGCGAGGUGCGGAUAACUCUGGAGCUGACGCAAACGGAAAUUCUUUUGAUUUCACAACAAAGUUGCUACAUCUUGCAUGGCACCCUUCUGAGAAUUCAAUCGCCUGUGCUGCUUCAAACAGCCUUUACAUGUACUAUGCAUAAAAAUAG